UGUUGUGUAGUCUUUGUCUCUCGCAUCCCAUUUUUCAAAAAACUCCUCUCUCUCUCUCUCUCUCUCUCCUCUGUUCUCUCUUCUUUCAUUUUACUUUCUAUAAAUCCAAACUCAUAAACAAAAGAUUUUAUGUCUUCCCAUCAACAUCACUUCCCUCAUAACUCUCCCCAAUAACUCUCACUUCGUGUUCUUCCCUCUAUUUUCUUUCCUUCACUUCCAACAAACGAACAAAAACGAUGAGUUCAAGAGCGUUCAGAGCAACACCAGAUAACAACUACUUGGUCCCAAGGAGAUCUAGAGACCAGCAAGACACCAGUCCUGACCGGAACCGAAUCUGGACCGAGCCUCGUCACAAACCGAUUGUAAACCGGAAAGUUCCCGUCGUCUAUUAUCUCUGCCGCAAUGGUCAGCUCGACCAUCCUCAUUUCAUGGAAGUCACUCUCUCCUCCACCGAUGGUCUCUACCUCAAAGAUGUGAUCAACCGCUUGAAUGAUCUCAGAGGGAAAGGCAUGGCAUCUCUCUAUUCCUGGUCUUCAAAAAGGAGCUACAAAAAUGGAUUUGUUUGGCACGACUUGUCAGAGGACGACUUCAUCUUCCCGGUUCAAGGUCAAGAAUACGUACUCAAAGGCUCCGAGGUUCUUGAUUCUUGCCAUCUCUCAAACCCCAGGAGCCUCCUCGGAACGACGUCGUUUAGGGACCCGAGAUCUCUAAACCCCGAUAAAACCCCCGGCGAUGAUGUCCCGCCGGCGGUGGUACAUCGCCGGCGUAACCAGUCGUGGAGCUCUGUCGAUCUCAGCGAGUACAAGGUGUACAAAGCAGCAACCGAGUCCACCGCCGAGUCGACUCGGAGACUCGGCGCGGACGCUUCUACGCAGACGGAGGAUCGAAGGCGGCGGAGAAAGACUCCGGCGAAAGAGGAGGUGGAAAGUCCGGCGAGCUACGAGGAGAAUCGGAGCACUGAGCUGAGCAGAGAUGAGAUCUCUCCUCCGCCGUCGGAUUCGAGCCCCGAGACGUUAGAGAAUCUGAUCAAAGCGGAUGGACGGCUGAUAUUGCGUCAGAACGAGAGCGCUGGCGAUCAUCGGACGGUGGAGAGUUUAUCGAGCGGGAGGAUGAGGGCUUCGGCUGUGUUGAUGCAGCUAAUCUCGUGCGGUACGAUGUCGUUUAAGGAAUGUGGGCCUGUUUUGUUGAAAGAUCAUGGGUUGUCGUUGACGGGGCGUAGCGGGUGCACGGUAACGCGAGGAGCAGGGGAUAACGGUCUGGAGAGGGCAGAGAAGGAAUUAGAGAGUUUUGGAAGGGUAAAACUGGAAGAUAAGGAGUAUUUUAGCGGCAGUUUGAUUGAGACCAAGAAGGAGCUUGUUCCUGCUUUGCAAAGAUCUUCUUCUUACAAUGCUGACAGGAGUUCAAAAAUGGGACCAACGACUGAGAAGGAAGAUGAAGAAGAGGCGGUUCGAGCUAAAUGUAUUCCGAGGAAACCAAAGUCGGUGGCUCUAAGGAACAAUGGUGUGCAUCAGUAACAACAAAUCUGCAAUGAAACGGCACGGAGUCUAACAAGCUUAUUGUGGGUUUAAGAACAAAGAAAAGAAGAAUAGGGAAUGAUUAGUAGUUGUAAGCAUUAUGACAUGUGGGUAACUACUAAAAGCCCCAGUGGUUGCCAAAAAGUUAAAGAGUAAACAUGAUGGGUACAUAUAAAAAUCUUGUAGUUUGAGCCUAGGUGUACUUUGAGGUUAAUUUUUCA